AUGCUGGAGGUCGGUGAGGCUGGUCGGAAUGACGAGGAUGGGGUUGCUCAGGUGGUGAAGAAGGUGACGGGGGAUGAGAAGGUGAUGGUGGACUGGAAAUUUAUAAACAAUGAUGAUGAGAUUGUUUCUGAGACUCCUGUUCAAGCUUCUGGUAGUGUUGAUUCUAGUAAAAAAUCUAAUGUUUGGAGAUUUUUUAAGAAGAUUGGAAAAGACAUAGAUGGUAUUGAAAAGGCUGAAUGCAAUUUUUGUCAUCGUGAAUACAAAAUUGGAAAAAAUCCAAAAACUAAGAAUGGUUACGGGACUUCUCAUCUAAGUCGUCACAUAGUUUCUUGUAAAUCUAUACCUCUCAAUAUUAGAAUUGAUGAUGAUAUAGAGAGUCUGCCAACCAAAAUUGAUCAGCAUGUUCAUAGAAAAAAACUCGCUCAAGCUAUAGCAAAACAUGAUCUUGCGUUCAGCUUUGUUGAGUAUGAGGGUAUUAGAGAUUGGAUUAAUUACAUUAGUCCAACGAUUAUAAUGCCUUCUAGAAACACUUUAGUUUCAGAUCUUCAAAUGAUUUAUUCAACAGAGAAAGAGAAAUUGAGGCAGAAGAUGUCUAGGAUACCUAAUAGAAUUUGUUUGACAUCUGAUGUGUGGACAGCAUCUACCACUGAAGGAUAUAUUUGUCUGACAGCUCAUUUUGUUGAUGAGAAUUGGCGACUAGUGAGUAAGAUUUUGAAUUUUUGUCGAAUGAUUCCUCCCCAUACUGGAACCGAUAUGGAAGCAGUCUUAUUUAACUCUUUGAAGCAAUGUGGUAUUGAUAAGAAAGUAUUCUCUAUUACUUUAGAUAAUGCUUCUACAAAUGACAACAUGCAAAACAUCUUAAAAACUCAUCUACGUAAGCAGAAUAGUUUGCUUUGCGAUGGAGAAUAUUUUCAUGUGCGUUGCUCCGCUCACAUUUUAAAUUUGAUUGUGCAAGAAGGGUUAAAAGUGGCUGCUGGAGCUUUAUUUAAAAUCAGAGAGAGUGUGAAGUAUGUGAAAGCUUCUGAUGGGAGAAUGAUGAAAUUUAAAGAUUGUGUGCAGCAAGCAGAAAUUGAAGAAGGUGUUGGUCUAAAAUCAGACGUUCCAACUCGAUGGAAUUCUACAUAUAUGAUGUUGGAAAGUGCAAUUAAAUUUGAAAAAGCGUUUGACAUCCUUAGUGUUGUAGAUGGAGCUUAUAAAGAUUGUCCGACAAAUGAAGAAUGGAGCUUAGCAAAAAAAAUGUGUGAAUUUUUAGAGCCAUUUUAUGAAACUACAAACCUCAUUUCGGGUUCAUCAUAUCCAACAUCAAAUUUGUAUUUUAUGCAAGUUUGGAAAAUUGAAUGUCUUUUGGAAAAUAAUCAAAAUUGUGAUGAUGUUGUUAUUAUGAACAUGGCUUUCAGAAUGAAGAUGAAGUUUGAUAAAUAUUGGAAGGAUUAUAGCACUGUCUUAGCUUUUGGGGCAAAUGAAGUAUUGGAGAAAUUUAAAAGGUUGUAUGGAGAGUACAUAAAUACUUUUGGUGGUUCAACAAUUUCUCAAAGUAGUAAUCAAUCUCCUAUGUCACCUGAAGAAAGAAGGCUUACAAAGAAGAGCAAAAUGGUGAUGAAGGAGUUCAGAGAAUUUGACUGUGAAACCCAAACUUCCAAGGAUAAAGAUGAAUUAGAGAAAAAAAAUGCAAAUGAAGUAUUGGAGAAAUUUAAAAGGUUGUAUGGAGAGUACAUAAAUACUUUUGGUGGUUCAACAAUUUCUCAAAGUAGUAAUCAAUCUCCUAUGUCACCUGAAGAAGGAAGGCUUACAAAGAAGAGCAAAAUGGUGAUGAAGGAGUUCAGAGAAUUUGACUGUGAAACCCAAACUUCCAAGGAUAAAGAUGAAUUAGAGAUUUAUCUAAAAGAAGGUUUGAUUCACACCAAUGAAGAUGAUUUGAAGUAUGAUGUGCUGAAUUUUUGGAAGAUUAAUGAGGAUAGGUUUCCCACUCUGUCAGUUAUGGCCAGAGAUGUUUUAAGUAUUCCCAUCACUACGGUAGCAUCUGAGUCUGCAUUCAGUAUUGGUGGACGUGUUUUAACAAAAUAUCGAAGUUCCACUCUUCAUGAGCAUGUCCAAAUGCUUAUUUGCACAAGGAGUUGGUUACGUGGAUUUGUUCCAAAUCAUGAUGAUCCUUCAACCUUUGAAUUGAAGGCAAAUGAAGUAUUGGAGAAAUUUAAAAGGUUGUAUGGAGAGUACAUAAAUACUUUUGGUGGUUCAACAAUUUCUCAAAGUAGUAAUCAAUCUCCUAUGUCACCUGAAGAAGGAAGGCUUACAAAGAAGAGCAAAAUGGUGAUGAAGGAGUUCAGAGAAUUUGACUGUGAAACCCAAACUUCCAAGGAUAAAGAUGAAUUAGAGAUUUAUCUAAAAGAAGGUUUGAUUCACACCAAUGAAGAUGAUUUGAAGUAUGAUGUGCUGAAUUUUUGGAAGAUUAAUGAGGAUAGGUUUCCCACUCUGUCAGUUAUGGCCAGAGAUGUUUUAAGUAUUCCCAUCACUACGGUAGCAUCUGAGUCUGCAUUCAGUAUUGGUGGACGUGUUUUAACAAAAUAUCGAAGUUCCACUCUUCAUGAGCAUGUCCAAAUGCUUAUUUGCACAAGGAGUUGGUUACGUGGAUUUGUUCCAAAUCAUGAUGAUGAUGAAAUUGGUGAAAUUCAUGAAGAAGAAGAAGUGUCAACAGCAACGAUGCAUCCUCCUCAACAUUCAUGA